AUGGGUGUUUUUAGGACAGUUUAUAGAACAGCCUUUCGUGGCACGGUAUAUGCGACAUCUUUUGGUUUAGGGUUUGCACUAUUUGCCAGACCAUGGCCUGAUUCUCCUAUUUGGGCGAAACAAAGAGAUGUAGUUCCACCUAAACAGAGUUUAAGGCAUAACGAAGAAUAUAGAUUUUUACAUAUGAAAAACUAUCCCACAUUUAAAGAUAACGAUUACUUCAUACAAUGUGCAAAUGACAAAGACUUCACCGUUAUGGACGUUGACAAAAUUGUUCCAGAAGCUCACCGCUUCAACCAAGUUUCCAGGGGUUUGUUGAACUUGAAUGAACCAAUCAUCAUGACCAAUAGAAAAUCAGGUAAGUUGGUUAUGUUUGGUAAGGCCGAUAGCGAUGAUAUUGUGGGAUUAGAUGGUAAGAUUCAUAAUGGAAUUCUUUUGACAUUAUUGGAUGAAUCUCUAUGCUUCUGCGGGUUUGAUAAACUACCAAACAAAAGAGGCGUGACUGCUAACUUAAAGGUUGAUUUUGCUAAGAAACUUCAACCUAACAAUGCAUUCAUACUAGAUGCUCAAGUCACUGAAGCCAGGGGUAGGAAAGUUACUAUCAAUGGUAAAAUCGAAUCAUUGAAUGGAGAUCCAAUUGCCACUGCUUCUUGUUUAUUGGUGGAGCCUAAAUGGUUCAAGUAUUUCAGCUGGAUUGAUUUAUUUUAA